AUGACAACACCAACAGACGAACUUUACAUUAACCGUCAACUUACUCUCACUAUACUCUCACCAUCAUGUUGCCCCCUUGAGACUUUUUCAACGGUCCGAGAGUAUGUAGCCGGCAUACGUGAUGCUAUCAUUGGACAUUGCAACUUACAUGAAAGCGGGAUGAUUCUACAUGACCUUAUGGCAGAAAAAAUCACUCUGUCUAAGCCAGACAAAACGGGUGUUAGCAAAGGCUUUCUGGUUGAUUUAGAUAUGGCUUCUUUGCGUCGGAACCACGACGAUUGGGAUUAUCCCAGAGCUAUGAGUGGCAUCAAAAAGUAUAUGGCGCUGGAACUUUUGCAAGCUAUUGACGAAAAGGAAAACACCCUGAAAGAGACCUACCGUCAUCAUCUUGAAUCAUUCUUCUACGUUCUCAUAGUUGAGUGUAUGAGCUUUUGUCGUAAAUUAGCUCCAGAGCAUCUCAGUUACUGGUAUUCAGCUGACACUACAGUUUGCUUAUAUGCAUAG